CGAUGCUUCAACACCAAAUGUGUUGUGACCGCUGCUGAGUACUGAUCAGAAGGAAACAAGUCUUCAUUGUAGACGGGAGCUUUGUCGGGCGUACAAGUCGUUAUUUUAACUCCCGGUGUUAAGAAGUCAGUUGAAGCAAAGUAGUAACGUUCAACACAUUUCUAACUGCUGCUCGUCGACAAGUAGUGAACCAGAGCACCAAUUUAAGGAAAAGACGCAGUUCACCGCACGAGACUGCAAAAUCAAAAAGCGUAACUUUGUAAUCGGUACUAAGUGAUUGUGAAAGUUCGUUGCGUUGCGUGUUGGAAAAUGUUAGUGAAGAAGGCCAUUUUGUUGUUGGCAUUGUUAUGCUUCAAUUUAUCCUUUGGCCAUACCACACAACGGCCCGGUGGCCGUUCUUCAGCAACAGAUGACGAUUCGAAUCCGCUGUUCGACAUGGCCUCGAUGUUUAUUCAGGAAGCUAUGAACAAUCAAAAUAACGGAGGGCGGGGAGGUGGCGGUGGGGGCGGCGCUGCAUUGGCCGGCGUGGCCUCAUUGAUUGGUUCGUUCAUGCAAGCCAAUACUGGAGGUCAAGGCAAAAGUGCCGGAUCCGGUGCUAUGCAAAUUUUGUCUGGUCUCGGCAGUCUUUUGGCCAAUUCGGGAAAUAACAAUGGACGCAAUGGUGGUGGAUUUGAUCCAUCGAUAAUCGGCAAUGUCAUUGAAAUGUUUACACAGGGUGAUGAUGCCGACGAGGAUGAUGGUGGCGAACAUAAUCAUAAUCAUCAUCAACAGAAACGUGAAAGCGGUGAGUCAGGCAUUGAUUUAGGUUCAAUUCUUCAAAUUGCAUCAGCGUUCAUGGGUCAGAACAAUGAACAGCCAUCACAGCGUAGCGGCCAGCAUCAUCAACAAAAGCGGGCAGCUGAUGGAAAAUCACGCAAUGGCCAACAAGAGGAAAACGGUUUUAUGAGUCUGCUGCCAUUGUUAAUGCAAGCUGUUAGCUCUUUUGCUGGGCCCGAAGGUCAACAUACACAGGAAAAACAUAAAGAUCAUGCCUGGGUCCUGCCACCCUUCCUGGAACACUUACACGUCUUGUGGGAUCAUUUUUCAAACUCUGAAUUGGCUGAUGCACUGUAUGAGAAAUCGGGCAUUAACAAAAUCCUAAAGGGAUUCAAAGGACGUGAUGGCAAGGUGGAUUAUGACAAACUGUUCGAAUCGCUCAAUAAUCAAUCAUUCCGCAGACGUUGGAUUAAAUCGGCAACAUUGUACCUGGCCGAUUGGGCUAGUUAUUUGGCUAAUCCUGAAGUCUACCUAAAAUACUUCCAAACGGCACAAUUCAUGUUCAACGGAUUCCUUAAGUCCCAAGGAUAUCCCAAGAAUACCUUUUUCGAUCCCAGCAGGCCUAGCGAAACUAUUUCCAAUUUAUUAGAUCACGUUGCCAAACAACAUUUGAAUGUUAAAAUUGAUUCUCGACAAUAUGUAAAACCUGCUGUCGGUUACGCCAAGGAUUUACUGCAAUUAGGACAAGCGCGGGGAGUCUUGCAAUUCAACGCGACUGAAAUUAGUGACAAACUGACGGACACUAUUAACUUGGAGGUUAUUGAACCAGUGCUAAAAGUUCAUCGUGCCUAUCGCUACAUUAACAAGCAACCGCAAUGUGAUCGUUAUGUUUUGUGUCAGCUGAAUGAUCCGGAACAAUACUCUGCUGAGGAAUCAAGAGGUCUCAUUUCUGGCGUUAGCCCGAAAAUUGUUAAAGUUGGCAGUAUGGGUGCUGCUUUCUUCAUUAGUACCGAAACAGGAACUCCUUUCUGGACAUUGUUUAGUGUCAUUACAUCGGCAUCAAACUGUGAGGUUAAAUAUCCUGUUGAUUGUGGCGGUUUCCAUGAGGGCGAAGCCAGAGUGACUACUGAAUACAUUCACAACGAACUGUAAUUCCUUUAUCUGACUCUAACGGUAGAGCAAUGCCAAUUAACAACUCAACGUCGUGGUACUAUUAUUAUGUAUGUAUGUCUGUUUGUGUUUGAUGUGCGUCUUUGUCUGCUCCAGUUGCAGACUCGUAAAUAGAACGAACGCGCAAAUUUGUUGGGUAAAGAAUUUUAGUCUUAAGAUAGCAUUUUGUUGUAAGUCUAUGUAGUCGCCCCAGUUAAAUGAAAACAUGAUAAUUAAAUUUCGAGUUUUCCGUCAAUAUCUCAAACAAAAUGUAAUAGGAUACAUUUAAUUUCUCGAUACUUUAGGUUAGAAAUCUAAUUUAAUUUAACACGUUUUUACUGUGAACAUUUUAAGCUGUUUUUUUAUGUAAAUAAUAAUUAGUAUUAUCUCCUAUGACAAUAAAAAUAAAUGAAAUUCAAGAAAA